AAAAAAAAAAAAAACACUACCACUACUAAGUAGAGUUGUGGGUAACUAUUAGUAAUCGAAGUUCACAAGUCAAGGUUUUGUCGAGCUUCCUUAGCCUCCAGCUACUUUUUUUUUUUUUCUUUUUUGGCUUCUCUUUAUCCACUCUCCCUGCCUCCAAUUCAAGGGAUUUAAGAUUCUAGGGUUUUCAAGUUCCCUAUUUUGCAUCCGAAUUUUAUACAGAAACAGGCAGAAUUAAAGGCCGGCCGGCUUACAAGUAGGUCCUCCAAUUAUUUGUUGAGGUUGAUCUAGGGUUUUGGCAUCGCUUCAUCAGUUGUAGUUUCUUGCUGAAUUUAUCUGGUUUCCUGCUCGAACCUCUAAUAGUACCAAGAGAAUUUUGAUUCUUGGAACUCCAGGAGGGAUCUGGGCCAAGGUAAUUGGGUUAAAGUGAAUUAUUCUUCAUUUGUUGUAUAAUUUAAGUGCAAUAUUCAAGUUUCUCGAGUUGCGACAAGCCUCAAUCAGAUUAUAUUCGGUCUCUCUCUGUUUGUUUUCUUUUUGUGUAUUAAUUGCGUUCGGCGCAUUCGAAUCAAGCUAGGACAGCAUAAGGGGUGGAGAGAAAUUUCUUCAAUUGUGGGGGGUUAAUUCGAUAGUGCUGUAAAAUUUUCAAUUUCAACGUGUAUGUGUUAGUGGCCGUUUUACGAUGUGUGGUCAAUCCAGAUUUUCUUGAGGUCAUAUUUAUGAAUUCUCCAAGAUUCAUUCUAUUCAGGGUUGAACUUCUUAUAUGAACUUGGCUACGAAAAAGACUUGAGUUCGGUGAGGAAGUUCUUGGCACAAUGAUGGCUAGGAAGGAGAGGUUUCCAGAUGUUUAUUCUACUGGUGUUCUUCCUAAUUAUGAAUCAGAAGGGUCUGGCAGCUCAGCAAGACUCGAGGCCGAAAUUACCGCUUCUGAGGAUUCGACUGCACCAAGACAAAAAUGGGUGGAUAUAAAUUCUGCUUUACGAGAUGGCUUUGAUGUACCUGUCCAAGUGGUCCCUUUAUCUAAAUUGUCUCUAUCUGAGAAGAAGAGCUUGAUACUAAGGUUAAGAUCAGAGCUUGAAAAGAUUCGGGUCCUCCAGAGGAAAUUCCAAUUGCUGAAGACAAAUGCUGUUACAUUGUCGUCAUCUAGCGAUAUACUUAGCUGUAGCAAUGUACAGAGAGCUGCUCCCCCGGUCCUGGAUUCCAGGAAAUCUUCAGCCCAGGUUUCUAGGUCUGGAAAGAAAUCAAGCUCUUCAGGUAAUAAGGCACGGGGUUGGAACCGCGGUACUUCAGGGAGGUUCGAGUCUGUGAAACAGGGUACUAUCUCAAAUUUGAAUGUGGGAAUGAUUAAACAAUGCGAGGUCUUGUUGAAAAAGUUAAUGUCCCACGAGUAUGCAUGGGUCUUUAAUACUCCUGUUGAUAUAGUUAAGUUAAACAUUCCGGAUUAUUUCACUGUCAUAAAACAACCAAUGGAUCUGGGGACAAUAAAGAGCAAGCUUGGUUCGGGAGUCUACUCAAGUCCGUUGGACUUUCUUGCAGAUGUGAAGGUUACUUUCUCAAAUGCAAUGACGUACAAUCCACCAGGAAAUGAUGUUCAUAUUAUGGCAGACACCAUGCAAAAGUUUUUUGAGGCCAGAUGGAAAACUCUUGAGAAGAAACUUCCAGGAAAUAGUUCACAUUCAGUACCUCAUAAAUCUGAACUUCAAGAGGAGGCUGAAGUAGUUAAGCCAACUGCCCCAUCGAAGAAGAGGAAACUCAGUCCAUUGCUGCAUUCAGUAGUGCAACAACCUGUGAAACCAAGAAUGACCGAUGAAGAGAAGUGCAAUUUAAGCAGAGAAUUGGAGAGUUUGCUUGGAGAUCUACCUGACAAUAUUGUUGACUUUUUGAGGGAGCAAAUUUCUAAUGCAGGGGAAUCUGGAGAAGAUGAGAUUGAGAUUGAUAUUUAUGAUCUGAGUGAGGAUGUUUUGUUCACAUUAAGAAAGCUUUUGGAUGAAUAUUUGAAAGAGAAACAAAAGAAUGAUGCAAAAGCUGAACCUUGUGAGAUAGAGCUGCCUAAUGAAUCAGGGCUCAGUAGUUCAUCCAUGCAAGUCGACAAAGGAAAUGAUCUUGUUGAUGAGGAAGUUGAUAUUGGAGGGAAUGAGCCCCCUGUCUCAAGCUACCCUGCAGUUGAGAUUGAGAGAGAUGGCGGUCUGAGGAGUAACAGGUCCAAUUGUAAAUCAGAUUUGGGUUCUACUGACCAUUCUGAUGGUGAAGCAGAGAUUAAAGCUUACACUGCAACAAAGCCAACCUUGGAUGAAAGUGAUUCUCCAAGAGUUUUACAGGAGAAGGAGGGUGGAGAGGAUUUGACUGAGGGAAAUCAAUCUGUUAGUGGGCUUGAUCAGCUUGAACAGAGUUCUCAAGAGAAGCCUAAUUCAGAUGAGUCAGAUAGCCGCCAAGAUGGGGAGAGUGCUCCAGCUAGAAGGCCAGUCUCCCCCGAGAAGCUCUACAGGGCUGCUCUCCUGAAGAACCGUUUUGCUGAUACCAUCUUGAAAGCCCGAGAAAAAACUCUUGGCCAGGGCGAAAAGGGAAAUCCUGAGAAAUUGCGCCGUGAAAGGGAGGAACUUGAGCUGCAGAAGAAGAGAGAGAAAGCUAGAUUGCAAGCAGAAGCUAAAGCUGCUGAAGAUGCUCGAAGACAAGCAGAAGAAGAAGCUGCAGCUGAAGCCAGAAAGAAAAGGGAACUUGAGAGAGAAGCUGCCCGUCAGGCACUGUUGCAGAUGGAGAAAACUGUUGAAAUAAAUGAGAAUUCCCGGUUCCUCGAAGAUUUGGAAAUGCUCAGAUCUGGUCCACUUGAGCAGUUACCUAGUUCCGUGGAUGAGACUAGCCCAGAUCACUUGCAGGAAGGGUUUGGUAGUUGUUUUAAGUUUGGAGGUAAUAAUCCCUUGGAACAACUUGGCUUGUACAUGAAAGUGGAUGAAGAGGAUGAGGAAGGGGAGCCACCUAAUACUCUGGGUAGCGUUAAUGAUGAUGUAGAGGAAGGAGAAAUUGAUUAAGUUUUACAGCUUUUCUUUAUGUCAUCAAGAAGGUUAGACACACAGUCAUUCGACGAUCCAACCCAAUCAAGUUAUCUUAAUGGGAAGAAAAGGUAUGACAGCAACAAGCUUGCUUGUUUCAUCCAGCAAGAAAAGGUACGCCUAGUCGGUUAUCUGCGUUAAACAUAUUAACUGGCGUGCAGAAUUUCCCAUGAGCUUUUAGACAGCAUUGUAGAGUGGGACCGAAGUCUCACUCUUGUCAUGUCAAAUAUCGACCCUUGUUCUUUUUGCCCUUGGUUUUGGCUUUAAACAAGGUUGGAGGGAUAGUACUUGCUGGGCUUUGCAUGAAGUAGACUGCAGCACUCUUCCACGAACGAACUGUUUUGUCCUCGAUGUACCCCACUUUGGAUGUGUUACUAGGUUGAUGGCUUGGAUCCAGGAAUGAUUUAAUCUAUUCUUAUUACGUGUUUUUAUGGGGGGAUUGGCUCCUCUGGUAUUGGAGCAGUCGUUUAAGAUUUGUGUCGUGGCUGAGGUGGGUUUCUGUCUCGAAUGUACGCCAUCUUUCGACACUGACGUCGCAGGAGACCAUUUCAUAAUUUUUACGACGGAUUGCGUAAUUGGAGAAACUAUUCAUAUUGGACUAUUA